AUGGCAGACUUAGACUCUCUGUGUUUGGGUUGUACCCAGGAAACCAAGGAAAUCACAGAAUCAACUACAUUGAUUCCUCGACGACAGCCACAAUCACUGUUAUGGUGGCGGCGGCAGUCCCGCUGGUGGAAGGAGCAGCUUCAACCUGCCCUAAUCGCACGGUGGCAUCUCGCGACCCAGACAGAAAUAGAGAGGGAGAGGGGGGAGUGGAAGAAGGAGAGGGAGAGGGAGAGGGGGGAGUGGGGGCAGGAGAGGGAGAGGUGGGAGAGGGAGAGGGGGGAGUGGAGGGAGGAGAGGGAGAGGUGGGAGACGGAGAGGAAGGAGUGGAAGACGGAGAGGGAGAAGUGGGAGAAGGAGAGGGAGGGGUGGAAGACAGAGAGAGAGAAGGAGAGGGAGGGGUGGAAGACAGAGAGAGAGAAGUUGGAGAAGGAGAGGAGGAAGGAGAGGAGGGAGGAGAGGGAGGAGAGGGAGAAGGUGAGGGAGGAGAGGGAGAAGGUGAGGGAGGAGAGGGAGAAGGAGAGGGAGGAGAGAGAGAAGGAGAGGAGGGAGGAGAGGGAGGAGAGGACGAUGAUGAUAAUGUUGAUGACGAUAGUAAUGGGCGACCGAGAGAGCUCUUGAGGGGCAUAAGGUAGAGGAGCACACUUGGUCACAAAUCUCUAACCUGCAAAUGC